AGCGUCGCACGAACGUUCCCAAAUGUUGCUGCCUUCACACAGCUGCUAGCAACAUCCGUCUGUUUUUUAUAUAGAUAUAUGUAUACAAAUAUUAGGAAAGACUAAAUUAUUUUUGCGAAAAAAAAUCAUAUUUGUUCCAUUUGAAAUAAAUGCUAUUUUUGUUUCAGUAACCUGCACUUGGUUAGCCUUCGCUAGAGCGUUCUGUCUCUUUUAAACAAAGGAUUAGCAUUGUUAGCAUGCUAACCGCUAACUAGCAAAACCUUUUUUAGUGUUUUGACAAAUAUUUCAAAUAGUUAGCUCGGAAAAUAGAUACACAGGAAGUUUUCAGUGUGUAUAAUCUGCAAUUUAAAGGCUUACGAAUGCAGUUUUGGGUAUAAAUUCAGCGUUACGACGUCAUGGAAAAAGACGUUAAGGCAGAUGCGGUCCCUGCAGUGGUUGGAGGGGUAAAUGUGGCAAAUCUGACAGCUCAGAGCAGGUCUGAGGAUGAAGAUCAAGCCAUUGUGAAGGACAUAAAGAGACCAGCAGCUCAGGCUUUCAGUGGAGGAGGUCUAGUUCCGAAAAGGAGAAGCUCUUCCAGGUCAAUUAAGAGGAAGAAGUUUGAUGAUGAGCUGGUUGAGAGCAGUCUGGUUAAAUCCUCCAGCAGGGUUAAAGGCCCACCAGGCAUCGAGCCGAUCCGCUGCCCUGGGGCCGAGCCAUCGUCCAGUGAGAAAAAGAAGGUUUCCAAGUCCAGCACAUCUUUAACUCCUCCUCUCACCAUGGUGAUCGCGCCAUCCCCAAUUACCAAACGAGUGAAGAAGAGCAAGCAGCCUCUGCAGAUCACUAAAGACCUGGGACGCUGGAAGCCCACAGACGACCUGCUGCUCAUUAAUGCAGUGCUGCAGACUACAGAUCUCACCUCAGUUCAUCUGGGAGUGAAGUUCAGCUGCAGGUUCACGCUGAGGGAGAUUCAGGAGCGGUGGUAUGCUCUGCUCUACGACCCUGUCAUAUCUAAGCUGGCGUGGCAGGCCAUGAGGCAGCUCCACCCCGAGGCCAUCGCCGCCAUUCAGAGCAAAGCUCUGUUCAGCCAGGUUGAGGAGGCUCUGCUCGCCAAGAUUAGCUCUAACAGUCAGCCAAAACUCGAGGUUUUCCAGGACUUGCUGAAUAAGCACCCCAACGUUUUCUACCCAUCACGCACUGCUAAGAGUUUACUCGUGCACUGGCAGCUGCUCAAACAGUACUACUUACUGGACGACCAAAGUGUUCAGCCUCUGCCCAAAGCAGAUCAGGUUCUUAACUUCUCAGAUGCUGAGCAGAUGGUCGACGAUUCCAAGCUGAAGGACAGCAGAGAUGAAGUACUGGAGCACGAGUUGAUGGUUGCAGAUCGGCACCAGAAGAGGGAGAUCAGGCAGUUGGAGCAGGAGCUCCCACGCUGGCAGGUUUUGGUGGACAGUAUCACCGGUAUGAACUCACCGGAUUUUGAUAACCAGACGUUGGCUGCAUUAAGAGGACGCAUGGUCCGAUACCUUAUGAGAUCCAGAGAGAUCACCCUUGGCCGUGCCACCAAGGACAAACAAAUAGAUGUGGAUCUGUCUUUAGAGGGACCAGCAUGGAAAAUCUCAAGGCAGCAGGGAAUCAUCAAACUCAAAAACAAUGGCGAUUUCUUCAUCGUGAACGAGGGCCGUAGACCGAUCUAUAUCGAUGGCAGACCAGUCCUGACUGGUAACAAAUGGAAACUUAACAACAACUCUGUGCUGGAGAUUGCAGGGCUUCGAUUCGUGUUCCUCAUAAACCAGGAGCUGAUCUCUCUCAUCAAAGCCGAGACAGCCAAGAUGAACCAGCAGUGAUUCUCAAAUGCAGCUGAUCGGUCAGCUCAGGCUUUGUGCACUGAGCGUCUGAUAAAGAGAGUGGACUGCUGCCUGCAGACAAGUGUUCUAACUCUAGAAAGGUUAUAAGGGCUCUCAAACGCUUUGUGUGAGAAGUCACUUCAGAGCCAUAACUGAGGAUUUGGACUAAAGGUUCAGUUCAUAUAAACUGCUCAACGUACAAUAUAGCCAACAUCUGACAUGUAGCCAAUAUGGACACAUUAGUUUGGAAAACUAACAGAGAUGUUUAUCAAUGUUUGUUUGAUUUUGAUGUUGGUAUAAGUGUUGCUGUUGGAAUUAGGUUUUAGGCCAUGAUGUAAUCUUUACACAGCGCUUUUUUUUUUUCCUUCAGGAAAAUGAAUAUGAGAAGCAACG